CCGAAGCAGAAGUGGCACAUAGCAUUUAGCAAAAUCGUUAUGCAAUUAAACGAACUUAACCAUGAUCGCGAGCUUGAUUUGUUUAGCUGUGUUCCGUGAAAGUGCAUUAAAGAUAUCAACAGACUUCAAUAAUGAAAAAUGUUGGGCUACUGAGCUUCACUGGAGCGUCAACUGUAGCUGCUCAUUUGAAGACCUACCUUCUUACUACACAGUUCAUUACAACAACUACAAGACAGUUUUGCUGAUUGCCAUCGCACUUACUCACGAUAGAUUCAUGAUUUCAUCGUUGUCUAUAUAAAUAGUUUAUAAAACCAAGAGUAUUGAUUAGUGUAAAAUUAAAAGUUUAUGAUCAUUAUUGUGAAUUAGAAUAACGUUACAUAAUUUUGUACAUCUAUUUAAUGAUAAAGAGACGGAGAUGACUUAUUUUUUAUCAUUGACAUCUGAUGAAAAAAAAGAUGUCUUCGAGCGAAAAAAAUUCAUUGUCUAAAAGUCCAGACACUCGAACAGUCCUUCCCACUUAUAAUGUGACAGAGGCAGGUCAAAUUUAUUAUGUUAUUGUGGAAAAGCUUGUUUUUAAACUUAAUGAAAUUGAAUAUGAACUAAGAUGUGCAUGGAAAAUUCUUGAUAUACUCAAUCAAGAAUGUAUAAAAAUGUGGGAAAAGUUAGAAAAACUUGAUUACUUUCUUUAUAAUGAAAUAGAUCUCAAAAGUCCGUCAACGAAUAAUCAUGUGAGAAGCAGAAGUAUACAAAAACUUAUUUCUGACCAUUAUUUGAUACAUGAGCAGAAUAAUAUGAUUAAUAUUAAUGAAACUGAUCAAAUGAAAUUGCAUGAUAUUGAAAACUCGAUUAGAUCAGACAUUCGACUUAGAAAAACAAAGUAUCAAGAUUUAAAUAAAUCACGCUACUUAAAAUCGUUUCCUUGUUCUUCAGAUUCUACUGAAAGUAUCACAUCCCACGUAUCGUCUCAAGUACCAUAUUCAGAAAAACAUAUUAUGUUUGGUACUAAGAAUGAAUUUUACGAUGAGAAAUUAUGUAAAAAUAUGUAUGAUGAUGUUUCUAAAUUUGGAAGUUCUGACAAAAUGUCCACUAUAUUGCAUAAUGAUGAUUAUAAGGAUAAUUCUGAAAAUAGAACCGAUAUUGAUUUAGAAAUUUUCUCGGCAACGAAAAAUCUUGCAGAUACUGAAAAUAAAAGCUCGCUACAUUCGAGCAAAGAAUAUAUGAAUUCUGGAGACUCAAAGAAAAAUAAUUACGAAAAAAAAGAAGAAAUAUACAGUUCAGCAGACUACAAAAUAUACCGUGGAAAUACAUCUGAAAUAAGUGAUCAAGAUUUGGAUUAUCUUUCUACUCUGAAUUUUAUCAAUGAAAUUUCUCUUGAAACUCUCUACAAAGAAAUUCCUUGCUUCAACAAAUUGCAGGCAGAUUUAGAAUUAGAUAAUGUAAAAGAUCUUAAGACACAAAUGACCAAUCAACGGUUAGAAUAUCGUGAUACUAAUGACGUUGAACUAGUAACAGAAAAUAUACAAUUUAAAUUUGAAAAUAAUCGUCUAUACGAUUCUCAUUUUGAAACCUCGUCUAAAAAUAUUGAACAUUUCAAAUUUGAUACAAAUAUUAAUAAAAGUAAUUUUAAAAAAUCAUUACUUUUACCGAAGUCUCUCACUAUUGAUAAAGAUUCGUAUGCUAACACCAGUAGCAAAGAUUUUAUAAAUUUUUCUGUUCAUAAAAUUAAUACAUCGUAUCAGAAAGUAGACGAUGAACUUCAUCCAAAGAAUCCUUUUAAAGUCACUCAAGAAAUACUUUCGACAGAACAGGAAGAGAAAGUUAUUGUAUCUGACAAUGAUAAUAAUGAAGAAAAAGAAGAAAAAGAGGAGAAAAAUAUCAAUUUCUUUAAAUCAGGCUAUACAUCUUUAGCUCAUUGUGAUAAAUCUUUUUAUAGUCUCUCGCCAUCUUCACCCCCGUCCCCAGCACCUCACGAUUCUAAUCGAAGUUUUAACGAAGAAUGCAAUAAUGAUAUAAACUAUAUUGACGAAAGCAUGAAUAAUACCUUUAAAAAAAGUUGUGAAGAAGAAAGAUUAUGGAAUGAAAUUCAAUUGUUUAGCAAACAAAAGUUGUACUCUACAAAAAAAUGUUUACAAAAUAAUCAGAUUGGCAAAGAGACAAUUUACGAUAGCUUUGAUAAUUCAUCCGAUCAAGUUAGCACUGAAUCAAAUAAAAAUUAUUCAAUUAUUUCACCUAUAGAUAAAAAAAUUUUUCCAUCAAGGCUAGAAAAUGUUGAUUCCGAUAAUAUACACUUCACUUUUCCUGAAAUAUUCAAUACAUACAGUGCAUCUGACUCAAAUAGUGUAUCUGUUAUUCGAUCUAGGUUAUCAUUGACAGUUGAUAAACUAUCAACAACAUAUGACGCUAUAAAUUUCGUCCCUCCACCAGCUCCAGAAGAAGAUAAUAUUGGAUUUUCAAAUGACUCUAAUAAAAAAAUUAAGAAAAAUAAAAAGAGCUUUACUAUGAUAAAUUCUGAAGAUGAUUAUCAAGUACUUGAUUCCAAAUCUUUAAGAAAUAAAGAAAGCUUGAAGAAAUCAACUUAUAAUAGUAUUACCGACGCUUUGACUUACUAUCCAUCGAAUGAAUUUUGGAGAAGUUCUUCUUACUUAGAACACAACUUGAAUCAGGAGAAAUAUGAUGAAAUGAAGAAUCCCAUUCAUUCAAAUGAUUUUUUUGCAAAGCAAAAAGUAUUUGAUAUUAAGGAUGAUGAUCAGACACCGCCGUAUGGCAUUAAUAAGCGCCAAAGUCCUAUCAAAAUCUACAAAAAUCAAAUUUCUUUGAAUUUAGAUGAAAAAGCAAGCUCUUUAAUUGAUCUGAAACAUAAUGACGAGUGUCAACUAAAUAUUGAAAAAGAAAAUUAUUUAGAAUUUGACAAGGCAAGUUCAAAGGAUCUAGAAUAUUCAAAUUUAACAGCUGAGCAUGAUAAAUAUGAAAAUUAUCACCCAAAUAUCAUUAUUUCUCAAUCUGGUUACUUGAGUAUAUCCACUGACAUAAAAGAUAAAAUUCCAGAUACAAAUAGAAAAAAAUUGAAAAGAAAUCAAUCAAUUAAGAAAGCUGUCACUUCAAUGAGUAGUUGGUUAAAUGAUUUCAAUUUAACAAAAAAACAAAGCAAUCAAAUGAUAUCAAGAACGAUUUCUCAUGACGUAUCUCAGUCAAAUACAAUAGGAAUUAAGCCAAUAUCCAAAAUCAUCCCGAUAAAGAAAAGAAAUAAAAAGAAACAAGGUAUUCAGAAAAGAAAAAAAAAUUUAGUUACAAGUGUUUCAGGUAUUAUACAAAAAGCCAAAUUUCCUUAUCAUUCUCAAGCUUUGUUAACACUUGAACAACCACAAUUAGAUCCGUAUCCUGAAUAUCCCAAAAAUUCUGUAAUGAUUGACAAUAAAAAAGCAGAACCUGAAAAAUGUAUGAAUAUGUUAGCAUUUCAAAAAAAUUCCGAAUCAAAUCAACUCUUAAAGUUGAAUAAAGAUAAACGAACACCAGAAUAUGAUAAUACUAAAUUGUUAGUCAAGCAAACGAGUUUUGAUCAAGAACACCAAGCUAUCAUUGAAGAAAAAACUUUCGUUUGUGAUCAGUUUCGCUCAACAGAAUCAAAAUUAGAUCAAUCUAAUGACGAAAAUUAUUUGAAUUUGAUGGAAAACAACGAAAAACAACAAUUUGAAAAUUUUAUAGAAAAAAAACCUCCAUGUAAUCAAGAUGAUAUAAUUUUUGCUACAGUCGGAGAUAUUAGAAAGUCAUUAGAUGUAGAUGAAAAUUCUGAAAAUCAAUCGAUACAACCUUCUCAUUUAAAAAGUAGUACAACAAUGGAGUUUGCUGUAUCCAGAGCUCUCGGUAAGUACAGAAGAAAACAGUACUCGUCAGAAUCGAAUAAUAAUAACAUUGAUUCGCACUUACCUAUUGAGAAGGGAGAAAAUUAUGGGUCAAACUCUCGAAGUUUUGAAAGCUCUUCAAGUUUUGAAAAUAGUCAAAGCACUUCUGAAGUAAAACCAAAUUCCUUCGAUGAUAAUUCAUUUCAAGAAAAUUUAAAUAGUAAUGUUUUGAAAGGAAAUAAUCAAAUAGCUGUAAGAUUCUCCUCCAAACAACAAUCGUCACUUGAAAUUCCAUCCGUAUCCAUUCGAGCUGGAGAAGGUGACGAUGACAACAAAAGUACUCAUUCUUAUCGAAGUACUUCGCGAGUAUCAUCAAGAAGACAAAGUACAGAGGAAUCUAUUGAUUCAGAAGAUGAAUGGUACUGUUACGAAUUAAAAAAACUUGAAGAACUAGAAAGAUUAUCUGAAGUACAAAAUGAAAUACAGUCUGUACUUAUAGAUGAUACUUUAGAACCUAACUCAGUCAUAAAAGAACGAAUGUCAUUAGUUUUUGAAGAAUUAAAAUUACGAACUUGCGUUGUUGAAGAAUAUAAUUCUAGUACAAGUAUGAUCGUUGAAAAUUCACAUAAAAUAACUAGUAAUGACCAUCUACCAAAUUCACAACCUUUAUUUGCCAAAAUAACAGAUUAUCAGUCUUGGGUGCGUGAAGAAAAAAACAUUGAUGAAGAAAAAAUUAUAUCGAUUGAAGAUGAAUCUUCUGGGGAAACUUCUGGCCCAGAUAGUGCUAUUAUUUCGAUUGAAGAAGAUGAAGAAUCAUUUCGCAAAGAUUCUGAGAAGAUGCAUUUUUCAUUAUGUAAAACAGAUAGUAAUAAAGACAGAAACACAAUCAAUUCAUCUGAUUUGGAAAAUUCUAACCGCGAAGAUUUACAUUUAGAAACUGAACAUAAAGAUGUAACGGAAAAAGAUUCUAAUUUAAACAAAAGUGAGUCCCAAGAAAGUCCUGAGGCAAGUGCUUCAAAAUGGAAACUGUUAAAAGCUUUAAAAGAACGCAAAGCCGAAGAUCGUUUGAAAGAAAAAGAAGAUUUCAUGAAAGAAGUUCCAUCUGACUUAAAGAAUGGCAGUGGCUUAAAUGGAGAUCACAAUGGAAGAGUAAAUGGACAUCCAGGAGAAAUAACAUUUUACAGUAAUAUAGACAGUAUGCCGGAUAUUCGACCUCGACGAAAGUCUGUUCCAUUAGUCUCAGAAUUGGUUUUAAAGACCAUGGCAGCAACUAAACGAAACACAAUACUUUCAUCUGUUGCCCGCACAACAUUAAAUGACGAAGAGUUGAAAAUGCACGUCUACAAAAAAACUCUACAAGCUAUGAUAUAUCCUAUUUCAUCAACCACACCCCAUAAUUUUAUAACAUGGACAGCUACAUCGCCAACUUAUUGUUAUGAAUGUGAAGGAUUACUUUGGGGAAUAGCUCGACAAGGAGUUCGUUGCAUUGAAUGUGGAGUGAAAUGUCAUGAAAAAUGCAAAGAUCUACUCAAUGCCGAUUGCUUACAACGUGCCGCUGAAAAAAGUUCAAAACAUGGAGCAGAAGAUAAAGCUAACAGCAUCAUAACUGCCAUGAAAGAAAGAAUGAAACAAAGAGAGAAAGAAAAACCAGAAAUAUUUGAACUUAUUAGAACAACAUUUUCUGUUGAUCCAGAUACUCAUAUUGACAGCUUAGAACAAUCAGAACAAGUGGUAUUAGAAGGAACCAGUAAAUGGUCAUGUAAAAUAGCUAUUACAGUUAUAUGUGCUCAAGGAUUAAUAGCAAAAGAUAAAAGUGGCACUUCAGAUCCAUAUGUUACUGUACAAGUAGGGAAAGUAAAGAAACGAACGAAAACAAUGCCUCAAGAAUUGAAUCCUGUUUGGAAUGAAAAAUUUUACUUUGAAUGUCAUAACUCUUCAGAUCGUAUAAAAGUUCGAGUAUGGGAUGAAGAUAACGAUUUGAAGUCUAAAUUAAGACAAAAGCUUACAAGAGAAAGCGACGAUUUCUUAGGACAAACAAUAAUAGAAGUACGAACACUUAGUGGAGAAAUGGAUGUUUGGUAUAAUUUGGAAAAAAGAACAGAUAAAUCAGCUGUUUCAGGAGCUAUUAGAUUGCACAUCAGUGUUGAAAUCAAAGGAGAAGAAAAAGUAGCACCAUACCAUGUUCAAUACACAUGUCUUCAUGAAAAUUUGUUUCACAGUUUAUGUGAAAAUAAUGAUGGGUUAGUGAAAUUGCCUCAAGCGAAAGGCGAUGAUGCUUGGAAAGUUUAUUUCGAUCCUCCUGCAGAAGAAGUUGUAGACGAAUUUGCUAUGCGUUAUGGAAUAGAGAGCAUUUACCAAGCAAUGACGCACUUCCACUGUCUGUCUACAAAAUACUUAUGCCCUGGAGUACCUGCUGUAAUGUCUUCACUAUUAGCUAAUAUUAAUGCGUAUUAUGCACAUACCACCGCAAGCUCGGCAGUUUCAGCAAGUGAUCGGUUUGCUGCUAGUAAUUUUGGUAAAGAAAAAUUCGUAAAAUUAUUAGAUCAGUUGCACAACUCUUUACGAAUUGAUUUAUGCAUGUAUCGGAAUAAUUUUCCCGCUUCUAGUCGAGAGAAAUUGAUGGACUUAAAAUCAACUGUUGAUUUACUGACUAGUAUUACCUUCUUUCGAAUGAAAGUUCAAGAACUAACUUCUCCACCAAGAGCCAGUAAUGUUGUCAAAGAUUGCGUGAUUGCGUGCUUAAAGUCCACUUAUCAAUUUUUAUUUCAAAAUUGUUAUGAACUCUACAGUCGUGAAUUCCAAAUUGAUCCUCACGAAAUUCGCAAAGAUGAGGAAAAUUCUCCAGCCUCAUUAGACUUUUGGCAUAAGUUAAUAGCAUUAAUCGUAUCAGUUAUUGAAGAAGAUCGAAAUAGUUACGCUCCUGUACUGAAUCAAUUUCCUCAAGAACUUAAUAUUGGUCAGCUUUCUGCAGCGACUGUUUGGUCAUUAUUUGCCAUAGAUGUAAAAGAUGCAUUAGAUGAGCAUGAACAAAGUAGAUCGUGCAAAUCAUCAGCGUACAUGAAUUUGCAUUUCAAAGUGAAAUGGUUAUAUACAAAUUAUGUACAAGAUGUACCUCCAUAUAAAGGACAAGUACCUGAAUAUCCUGCGUGGUUUGAACCAUUUGUUAUGCAGUGGCUCAAUGAAAACGAUGAUGUCUCAUUAGAAUAUUUACAUGGUGCCUUUAAUAGAGAUAAAAAAGACGGGUUUCAGAGAAGCAGCGAGCAUGCUCUUUUCAGCGUUUCAGUAGUUGACGUUUUCACUCAGUUAACUCAAUGUUUUGAUGUUGUUUCAAAAUUAGAAUGCCCGGAUCCUGAAAUAUGGAAAAGAUACAUGAAAAGAUUUGCUAAGACCAUCGUAAAGGUACUUAUUUCUUAUGCGGAUAUUGUAAAAAAAGAGUUUCCUAGCCACAUGGAAGAUGAAAGAGUUGCUUGCAUUCUUAUGAAUAAUAUACAACAGCUCCGAGUCCAAUUAGAAAAAAUGUUCGAGUCAAUGGGAGGGGAAAAUUUAGAGGUUGAUGCUGCUAACAUUUUAAAAGAACUACAAUCGCAAUUGAAUAAUGCCUUGGACGAUCUUGCAACACUAUUUGCAAAAAGCUUAGAAAUACGGAUAACAAUAUCUGUCAGAGAAUUAGGAGAUUUAUUAUUGUCAUCUAAGCUCGCUAAUCAACAGAAUCAAUCAGUUACUGGAGAAGCUGAUGUAGUUCUUGCUCCGCUGAUGAAUCUUUUAGACGGUAGUUUGACUUUGUAUGCUGAAUCUUGCGAAAAAACUGUUCUGAAGCGGUUACUCAAAGAAUUGUGGAAGAUUGUUAUGACAAUUUUGGAAAAAACUGUCGUGUUGCCACCAAUAACGGACAGAAGCGAAAAAUACUGUGUAUAGAAAAUCCGCGUAUACUGGGAGCCAUGUUAUAUGGGAAUUGGG